CAUGUUGAGAAUUGUUUUAUUGCUUGUAAUCGCUCUCGCGGCUGCAGCCAGGGCAGUAAAACUCAAGUCAGAGCAAACCACAAAAGACUGGUGGGAACGGGCCGGUUUCUAUCAAGUGUAUCCUCGUUCCUUUAAAGAUAGCGAUGGCGAUGGAAUUGGCGACCUUAACGGGAUAACCGAAAAGUUAUCAUAUCUGAAAGACAUUGGAAUGCGAGGAUUUUGGUUAUCCCCGAUGUACAAAAGUCCGAUGGCUGAUUUUGGGUAUGACAUUAGCGAUUUUCGUGAUAUCCAGCCGGAGUACGGGACGAUGGAUGACUUCAAGAAACAGGUAGCCGAAGCGAAGCGUCUGGGAUUGAAGUUAAUCUUGGACUUCGUGCCCAAUCAUUCGAGCGAUGAACAUGAGUGGUUCAAAAAGUCGGUGAAUCGGGAACCUGGCUACGAAGACUACUACGUAUGGAGAGAUGGGAAGCCCAAUCCAGACGACCCGACUAUGCCGUUGCCGCCAAAUAAUUGGUUAUCCGGAUUCCGUGGCAGCGCUUGGCAGUGGAAUGAAAAUCGGCAGCAGUUCUACUAUCACCUUUUCACCGCUGAACAACCGGAUUUGAACUUUCGUAAUCCGAAAGUGGUACAGGAGAUGAAGGACGUUCUGCUCUUUUGGCUGGAUCUAGGGGUAGAUGGUUUCCGAGUCGAUUCCGUCGGGUGCAUGUUCGAGGUGCCUGCGGACGAAAAUGGAGACUUUCCGGACGAACCACUGAGUGGUGCCACUGAUGAUACGGAAGAUUUCGCCUACCUUGAGCACAUCUAUACGAUUGAUCGGCCGGAAAAUGUAAAAAUGGUGUAUGAAUGGAGGGAGCUACUCGAGGACUACCAGAAGCAGCAUGGUGGAGACAAGCUCAUUUUGAUGACCGAAUCGUGGUCUAGUUUGGACAUUAUAAAACCCUAUUUCAGGGACAUCAAGGGUCGGGAAGGCGCUCAAAUGCCAUUCAACUUCCGAAUGAUCACGGAGCUGAUUGCCACAUCGACGGCUUAUGAGUUCAAGAACGUGAUAGAUUCCUGGAUGGCGAUCGUAGAUGAUGAUCACACGCCAAAUUGGGUACUGGGAAACCACGAUCGCAGUCGCGUAGCAACGAGAAUGGGUGAACAUCGAACGGACAGCAUGACAAUGAUUCAGCUCACACUUCCCGGUAUUAGCGUAACCUAUCAGGGUGACGAAAUUGGAAUGACGGACGUGGACAUUUCCUGGGAGGAAACGGUUGAUCCUGCUGGGUGCAAUGAGGGCAGGGAAAAUUAUGCACUCAAAUCUCGUGAUCCAGUGAGAACCCCUUUCCAAUGGGACGACAGCAAUCAGGCAGGUUUUACCAAUGGGACAGGAACGUGGCUUCCAGUGGGACCGAAUUACAGAACAGUCAACGUUAAGGUGCAAAGCACUGAUACCAAGAGUCAUCUUAGCGUGUUCAAGGCACUGAUGAAGCUUCGGGAAGGCGAUACAUUUUUGUAUGGAGAUUGGCGUACGGUUGCACUGAGCGAGCAAGUGUUUGCCAUUGUUCGGGAUUUGAAAAUAUCUGAUGCUUACAUAACGUUGGUCAAUUCGGGAAAUUCGGUGCAGACCGUUGACGCAAACAGUCUCCUCAACCAUGUACCAAAAAUGCUCUAUUAUGCCAUUGUAUCAGGAUCUUCCGCGCACAAAGCAGGAGACACAGUAGCUGCCAACAAUAUCGUGCUGCAAGCGUAUGAGUCGUUUAUUCUGGAAGUCCGUCGUUCGGAGUAUAUCAAAAUGCGUGCUGCCGUCUGUGAACUGUGGCUCACUGACAUUUCGUUUGGACUUGAAAGAGGUUUCGAAUAAAUUCAGCGAGAAAAUUGGUACUGAUAGGCUAUAGUGAUGUCAAAAGUAAUAUAGAUUAUUUCCUGUGAAAAUUACCUGCUUAUUGCAAGACGGCCUAUAUAUCUCAGUAAUUUUGACCGAUUUUAAAUCAUCUUAAUUCGAUAAAUUUAUGAAAAACGACAAAAUGACUCUAAAUUUUGAUUUUACUUUGAAAAGGAUAACGAACGACAAUAUCGUUUCAAACGCCGAAUUGCAUAAAAUACGUUAAAUUAUGCUUAAACCUAUUCGAAUCACCUUUAUCCUUUCAGUACUUGCGCCAACUUUUGAGACACGAGCACUCGUGAGUUGUACAAAAUACAACAGUAUGUUAUUUUUACCUUCAGGUCACUUCAUGAAAAUCUUAAAUUCUCCAAAAUAUUCUUCAGGUAUUGGUCUAUAGAGAUUUUCCCUGCGCUUUGGCCAGGUAGCGUAUAGGGCGUCGUUGUGCCAAUUUGGUCGUGGCACAUUUCGGGUAUGAGAGAGUGAUUGCAGUUUGCUCAAAAGUGCCUGAGUAAAAUGCAAGUUCUUUCGAUGAU